AUAAUUCUUUUUGCAAUAGUCUUAUUUUGAGGUAAACUACAAAAUGAUGACCCACAUGGCAACUAUAUCUUUAAAUACACCUAACAAGAGGGACUUGUUCCAUUCAAGAACAGCACAAUUUCAAAAUCUUAAUUACAACCUUAACUGCUCUUCAUAGACUUAUUGACGCUGUCUUCACCUUCCUUACAACAAUUCUCUCAUCAAUUUUCCACCAUGAUGCAAUUCAGCACCACCGCACCAGCUCAUAAUCUUCACAAAUUUCAAGCACUAAGAUGCCCCAGUUUCAGAUGCCACUCUUCAUCCAUCAAACAACAACCUAUUUCAUCUUUUGCUUCUUCUUCUUCUUCUACUCAAACUCAUAAACCAUCUCGUUUACAUCUUUCCAACCUUGACAAGUUUCUUGAUAGCCAAAAACCAUUAGAAACAUCAUCAACCACAACCCACUUUCAACACCAACAAAUACAACAACCGAUUCAAAAGAGUGAUGCAAAGGACAAAAAAGGUAAAAACUUUCUUGAAGGUCUUAACUUAGCAAAACUAUGGCCAGAAAUCAAACCAGGAGAUGAAAUUUCUCCACGCCACCUCAAACGUCUUCAGCGUCUUCUUUCCAAGACGGCGGAGUAUUCACCCAGAAACAUCCUCGGCGGUAAGUGGAAGGAAUAUCACGGCAGUAAUGACUGGAAAGGGAUGUUAGAUCCUCUUGAUGAUAAUCUCCGGCGAGAAGUUGUUCGUUAUGGGGACUUGGUCCAAGCUGCUUAUCAAGCUUUUCAUGCUGAUCCUGCCAUGUCAUCAACUGAACCACCACAACACCGCCACGUGUCUUUGCCGGAAAGAUCUUAUAAAGUUACCAAGAGUUUAUAUGCCACAUCAUCGAUCGGUUUACCUAAAUGGAUCGAUGAGGUGGCUCCUGAUCUUGGUUGGAUGACCCAGCGUUCCAGCUGGGUCGGGUACGUCGCAGUCUGCGACGACAGAAGAGAGAUUGCGAGAAUGGGUAGAAGAGACAUCGUGAUCUCUCUUCGUGGAACUUCAACUUGUCUUGAAUGGGCCGAAAACAUGAGAGCCCAAUUAGUCGACUUAUGCGACGAUAACACUGAAGCCCAAGCCCAAGCCCAAGCCCAAACAAAGCCCAAAGUAGAGUGUGGGUUCAUGAGCUUAUACAAAACUAAAGGAGCCCAUGUUCAAAGCCUAUCUGAAUCAGUUGUAGAAGAAAUAAAACGUUUAAUUGAACUUUACAAAGGUGAAGAAUUAAGCAUAACUGUUACAGGACAUAGUCUUGGAGCAACACUAGCACUAUUGGUAGCUGAAGAAAUCAGCACGUGUGACACAAACGUGCCACCAGUGGCUGUUUUUUCAUUUGGUGGACCUCGUGUAGGUAACAAAGCCUUUGGUGAACAUCUUGAAAAGAAAAACGUGAAAGUGCUUAGAGUUGUGAACACACAAGACAUGAUUACAAGAGUACCAGGAAUUUUCCUAAGUGAAGAGCUUGAAGAAAAAUUGAAGAAUUCAAAAUUGGUUAGUGGUGUUGUUGAUAUGUUAGAAGAGAACACACCUUUGGGAUAUUCACAUGUUGGAACUGAAUUAAGGGUUAAUACUAAGAUGUCACCUUAUUUGAAGCCUGAUGCUGAUAUUGCUUGUUGUCAUGAUUUGGAAGCUUAUUUACAUUUAGUGGAUGGGUAUAUGGCUUCUAAUUGUCCAUUUAGAGCUAAUGCUAAGAGAAGUUUAGCUAGAUUAAUGCAAGAUCAAAGUGCUAAUGUUAAAAAAUUGUAUACUAGUAAGGCUAAAGGAUUGUCUGUUAAUCUUAGUAGACAAGGAUCAUCACUACAAAAUCUUAGUAGACAAGGAUCUAUGUCUAUGUCUACUUGUUUACCUAGUCCAUCAUCUUCAUAAUGAAUAAAUGAAACUCAAAUUUGAACAUAAA